AUGUUUGGUCAAGUAGUUAUAGGACCACCAGGGAGUGGUAAAUCUACGUAUUGUUACGGUUUAUACCAAUUCUUAUCGGUGAUAGGGAGAAAACUGUGUGUUAUCAAUUUGGAUCCUGCAAAUGAUAACAUUCCUUAUCCAGUAGCAUUGGAUAUCAGGAAUUAUAUCAAACUAGAAGAUGUGAUGAAUGAGUUUAACCUUGGUCCCAAUGGUGGAUUAUUGUUUGCUAUGGAAAACUUAAGAUAUGAACUUCUAGAUGAGUUCAUGGACAAGAUCAAUAAACUCAAACAAGAUAAUUACCUUAUAUUCGAUUGUCCUGGACAGAUCGAAUUAUUUACUCAUGAUAAUUCAUUAUUCAAGAUAUUCAAACGAUUGGGCGAAUUGGACAUCAGACUUUGCAUUGUAUCAUUAAUUGAUUCAAUCUAUUUAACGUCGCCGUCACAAUAUGUUUCAGUACUUUUGAUUAGUUUGAGAUCAAUGUUACAAAUGUCUUUGCCGCAAAUAAACGUCAUAUCCAAAAUCGAUAAACUAAAAUCCUAUGGGAAAUUACCUUUCAGGUUGAAUUACUAUACGGAAGUUCAAGACUUGGAAUUUUUAACUCCCUUAUUGGAAAAAGAGUCAAAUUCAAUUCUCGGUAAAAGGUAUGUCAAGUUGACUCAAUCAAUUAGCACCAUAAUAGAGGAUUAUAAUUUAGUCAGUUUCAAGGUCUUAGCCGUAGAAAACAAAAGAUGUAUGAUAGAUUUGUUAUACGAGGUGGACAAGGCGUUAGGAUAUCACGGAAAGGAAGUUGGUGGUGACAGUUUAUGGAAUGAAGUUACUAGAAACGGAAUCGGCGAAGAAGUAGAUGUUCAUGAAAGAUGGAUUGACCUGAAAGAAAUCUAUGAUGAGCAGGAAAGGAAAGACGAUGAAGAAAUGAGACAAUCAAUGAUACGAAGUGAAGCAAAUGAAGAAGAGUAG